AUGCUGCAGCCCCUCCACCCACCCACCCAGCCUUCCACCACUACCACCAGACCCAACUCCCCAACACAACCCUUCCAAUCCCUUCCAGAAGUACGCGCGGCCUUCGACACCCUCCUCCGCACCUCCUACCGCUUCAGCGCCCCAAGCAUGGGGCUCACCGCCCCGCAGAUCUCGGCCAACUACGCCGCGCUCCAAACCGAGCAACUUGCCGUGUGGAGCGAAGCGACCCUCUUCGCACAGCGGUUCCGCCCCUUUUACCGGCACGCCUACCCGGACCUCCCGGCCAAGGAGCAGCGCGGCGCCGCCAUCAUCAACCUGCACCUCGUCAGCCUGCGCGUCUGCCUGCACUCGUGCCUGCUGGGCAGCAACCGCGCCGCGCUGGCGCACUACCGGGCCGACCUGCAACACACGUGCGAGCUGGUCGAGGCCCUGAUGACCACGUUCCCGCACCAUCGGCCGAGUUUCAUGCUGGAGACGGGGGUCCUCCCGCCGCUGUAUCUGGCGGCCAUCCUGGGGGAUGAUUACCGUGUGCGGUGGCGCGCGAUCGGGCUGAUGCGGAGCUGGCCGCACCGCGAGGGCCCGUUUGAUUCGAACUGGUUGGCAUCGUUGGCGGAGGAGGCGUUGUGGUUGGAUUUGAGGCGGAGGUGUGAGGCCGAGGCGGGGUUUGGGGCGGUGGUUUUGGUUCCCGGGGGUGGGGAUGCAGAGGAAGAGGAAGAGCUGACGGCAGAUGAUCUCCUUCGUGAACUGCGGGGGGUUCGUCGCAGGAAAUUGGAGAUGUUGUUGCGGACGAAACGGCUGCGGAAGCCUACGCUUGAUGAAGAUGUGGAGGUGGAGGUGGACGCGGACGCGGACGCGGUGGGGUGGUAUCCGUUGGACGCGGUCGGCCCGGUUAAGGGGAUGGGGAGCUGGUCGUGUGUGAGGGCGUUUCAUGCGGCGACGCGGGGGAGUGCGGGAGGAUAUUUAUUUGUUUUAUGA